CACUUCCGGGUGGAUACACCUGCGUAUCCUCACUCAUGACUUCGCUCUGAAGUCUCCUCGGUCCUCGAUCCUCGUCUCCGUGCGGGAUAAUUUUACAAUUGAGAUGUCCUACAAUAUGGCUGAGCUCGAUCCUGGUCAUAGGACGUAUUUUUACCACCCAUAAUAGGGGCGCUUUAACACCUGUCAGGAAUGUAGAUGCAUGGUAGAUCAGGAAACCUCAGGUAAACAGGCGACGCGUGUGGACCAAUGCUAUGCGACUAGAAAUGUAAAAAUAAGAGCAGAAACAAAACAAAAAAAAUCAACAGAUUGGUCAGAUUUUCGUAAGAAGUCUUAAGAGCUGCAUUUUGAACGUGAACGUUUCACACUUCUGUAAUUGAAUGUUGAGAGGAAGCUGUUGAGUCAUAUUGCUUCUGGUUCCUCUUGAGCGCAUGACAAACAGACACCGGUUUAAAAGCUCCCAGCCGCCGCUUGCUCUAUCAGUAAUGUUGUUAGUCAUGUUUGUGAAACUCCGAGUUUUGGCUCUCAUAUUCGUUGUGACCAAGGAUGUUCACUCCACCUAUGCUGAAACAAAACUUGCUGCGCCCCAAAACGUGAAGGUGACCUCCAUCAACAUGGCUACAGUUGUGGAAUGGUCUUCUCCACACAAUCCUACGAGUAACGUGACAUACACGGCAAGAUAUUUCCUGAGAAAAGAUAACGCUUCCAUCUGCGUGAACACCAGAGAGCUCAGAUGUGACGUAGGAAAGCUGCCGUCUGUAUUUGGGUGCUAUAUUUUUCAAGUGCGAGCAGAGGAUCAGGGGCUGGUUUCUGAGUGGGUGGAUGCAGAUAAGUUUUUACCAAAUAAGCACACAAUCAUAGGACCCCCUACUGUGCAUCUAGUCAUCCAAAAUAAUAUCUUGGAUGUGCACGUCCAAGCUCCAGAACUGAAAGUGGGCAAACUAGCAGACCUUUUUUCACAAGUGUCCUACGUCAUCCGAUACUGGACCGAAGGCUUCGAAAAGGAGGCAAUAGAGAAGGAGGUCACUGGAGUCAAUGAAGAAGUUAAACAGAGUGUUAAAGGACUUCAAUCCUGGAGCAGAUACUGUGCUAAGGCAAUGGUGGUCCCCAGAGGCUACCAAAAUGAGAAAAAGUUCAGUGCUACGGUGUGUGUGACUAACACACCUGUGCUCAUCAGCUGUGUCAUUGCUUCUGCCAUCUUUUUUCCUCUGGCAAUCCUGGCUGCUUGGCUGAUCUAUAAAGUGUACAGAUUUCUGUACCCCAAAACUAAACUACCAGAACUUCUCAAGAAUUUAUUUGUACCAACAUUUUGGAACGCUGAGGCGACCCAACAUUCUGCACACCAGAAAGAACAGCACGAUAAAAUCAGCGCCAUAUCUGAGGACCAUCCAAAUGAAGAGUUCAGCGAGAAAACCAAGAUCUCCGAGGACAAGGACCCUGAGUUAACGUCUGUUCUCGCCCCAAUUCAAGAAGUGGAAGAGGACUACAAACUCCUGAUGCACACGAAACCUGCACCUGCUUUUUACCCUAACCAUCUCUAUCCGUUAUGCUUAAAAAACUCGCUGUUCACUCAUUUAAACCAACCCUGCUUUACUAGCACUCAGCCUUGUUACUACAAUGUAGCAGACACAAGCCCUGAGCUGAGCCACACUGACUGUACAACAAGCUGAAAUGAUCCUGUUUACUUAAGAAUGAUCUUAUGAUUUUCUGCUAUAAAUAUACUAAAUAAUUUUAUAUGACUAUGCAGAGGUGCUGUGCAUGGCUGUCUGUUCUGUUGAAUGUAUACAAUUUCUCACAUUGUUUUCUCAUGCUAAUAAUUUAAUGCACUUUCUAAAAACGUAUAUUAUUGUAUGUCUAUAAAUGGUCGCAUUGUUAUUGUAAAAUAGUUUAUUUUUGCAUAAAUAAAACUGUUGAAUUU